CCCCACUCUUCAGUGCCAUGCAAUAACCUACUCAGGUUACCAGGUAUCCGUGCCAGGCACCUCACAUCUGCUGUCUUCAGCAAGUCGCCCUCAACCCCCGCCAUUGCUCAACAAGACCGAUACCCGUCACCUGAAAUUGGACACCGGCUUAUAUCUGCUGCGUGACAAAUUUUACCACAGCCCCUGCAAAUAUUUUCAACAAUGAGCGCGCAACUUGAGGCAGACCGCAAGGAAUAUCAGAGCCAGCUCGAGCUCGUCAUCACAUCGCUUAGGGACGAUCCCGACAAUGCCGAACUGCUAGGUCUCAGGAGCGAGUUGGAGCAGAUGAUCCAGCUUAUUGACGAUUCACUUGCCGAGCUGAAACCCAAGAACGGACCCCCCAAAGCGGCGCCGAAACCCGCGCCCUCGCCCCCCCCUCCCGAGCCAAAAUGGUCGCGGGAGAAUCACCCGGCAUUCAAGAAGGCAGCCCCCGUGGAGGAGAAGGAGAAGGAGAAGGAGAAGGAGAAGGAACCGGAGCAUAUCACGUACCAGGUCAACGACAACGUCAUGGCAAAAUGGGUGUCGGGCGACAAGGGCUUCUACCCGGCGCGCAUCACCGCGGUGACUGGUUCGUCCACGGCACCCAUCUACACAGUCAAGUUCAAGAGCUAUGAUACAGUCGAGACGCUGCGUGCUAAGGAUAUCCGCCCGGUCGCACAGAAGCGCAAGGCUGACGGCACCGCCGUGCCGAGCACCAGCGGCGGCACCGGCACCGGCACCGGCGGCUCCGCCCCGUCGGCCGCCGCCGCCACCGCCAACCCGUCCCCGCUGACCCCGACGGCGGCAAACAACGGCAUCGUCCUCUCCGCGGCCGCCGACAUGUAUCCACAAGCGCAGGCAGCAAACAAGGCGGCUGCCGAGAGCAACGACGAGAAGCCUCGACCCAAGUUCAAGAAGAUCAAGGCCACAAAGGAGCUCGAGGCCGGCAAGAACAAAUGGCAGGAGUUCACUACCAAGGGGAAGUUCGGGAAGGCGGUCAAGAAAGACAGCAUGUUCCGGACUCCUGAGGGCAUUCACGGGCGGGUCGGAUUCACGGGCUCUGGCCAGCCCAUGCGCAAAGACCCUGCGAGAACCCGCAACAUCUACCAGCCCAACGACGAUUUGGAUUAGACUAACUUGGUCUUUUUUUCCUUUCAGAGACUUCGUCACGGGCUUGUGGCCGGGACACCGUUGCGCGCUUAUAUCCGGAGCAAACGCCGCCGGCAAUUGGUUUCAUCGGAAAGCGGGCGGCUCACCACAGGUCGGAGUUGGGGUUCCGGUUUGGGAUGCCUUCAGUUCACCUUCCUUCUCCUUGGCUGCCCCUGUCCGUUCAAUGGAGGCUAACAUGGUUUGGAUGCCAAUCUCGCUCAUUCCAACGCACUCCAGCAC